UUUUCAGCCUUUCUUUCAGUAGAUUUCAACAUCCAAGAUCAACAAAAUGAGGAGCUUUCUUCUUCUCCUCUUCUCACUAAUGACAGGUUGUGAGGCCCGGACUGUAGUGAGGGGAUGCCCACAAGGAUGGGUUGAAUUCACCUGGAAAUAUCCAAAACCAAAUGGAAAACAUCAAAGUAUUGAUGUAGUUACUCCCAAAGAAACCAUACGAAGCACUCAAAAGGAUGUGUGGGCAAAAAAAUUCCUCUAUUAUGAUCCAAAAAAAAAAAAUCUCAGGGUGGUUAUUAAUGAACUUCAACAGGAGGACUUUGGGAAGUACAAGUGUAAAGUUUACCAGCGACAUGACUCAUCCCAUAACACAUGGGAAGUGGAAUUAGCCUUUGAGACAAACGGCUGCCAGGGAAAAUUUAAUCAAACUGCGUACAGAACAGCUAAAACCACCAUCACAUGUGAUUACACAAGAAACAAAUACAAGUUCUUUUGCAAACAGAACGGUUCAAUCUGUGAGGAUAUUUUAUCAACAAAAUCCUCUCUGAAGUCAAACGGGACAUUCACUCUCACAGAAACCAACAGUAGCUUCAGCAUGUCCAUCAGUAACGUGUCCUCACAUGAUGCUGGUGUCUACUGGUGUGGAGUGGAAACACAUGAAGGAAGUUACAGAACUGCUCUCAGAAAGAUACAGCUGGAGGUUAAAGCUACUAUUACCAGAUUCACAAAGUCUCCAACUGUAGGACAGAAUCUCACAUACUAUUGUCUAAAUCAAAAUCAUGCUCCGACAAACAUAUUCAUCUGUAAGGGAGAAGAUCCAUCUAUAUGUCGACCUCUAGUAAGCACAGCACAGCCCAACAAGAACACUGGGAAGUUUUCCAUGGAGGACAAAAACAAGAGAAAUAUCACCGUAACAGUGAGAGAAGUAACAAUGAAUGACACUGGGACAUACUGGUGUGGAGCAGAAAGCACUGACAAAACACGGAGCAACAAAUUCUUCCACAAAAUGGUGAUGACUGUAGUAUCAUUAUCAGAAUCAACAACAUCCUCCACAUCUCCUGUUUCUUCAACCCAGCCAACUACUGUGUCUGCUGAGAGUCGUGGUGACUCUCAGGUCGUCAUUACUAUGAUCGUCUGUGUAGCUGUGCUGCUGCUGUUGUUUGUGCUAAUGUUGAUCCUUAUCUACAAAC